UUAACGAAAAGUCUUUAGACGAAAGUUUAGCCGAUGAUUCGAAUAUCGAAGGUGACUACGUGACUGCCACCGAGUGUUCGACAACUCCGAUGGCUCUAUCGAGAAGUGGGUCCUUCGCCAUGACUCCAGAAUGCGAAGACCUUGGUGCUCCAACAACCGUGACUUCUGUCAGCGAUACCUGGUGGAGCGCUGAGGAAUCUAAAUUUACCACCAGCAACGGAACGGUUCUCCCUUCUGUAAUUAAACAAAUGGAAAGUUCAAAAGAACCAAGAAUAGAAAGGAGCGACGUGUCGAUGGACAUUUCCAAACCGGAAGUGCAUGAGACGGGGAGAGAGAAACAAGUUGACAAACUGGUAUCAAUGGCAAAAACUGUCGAAGAGAAGACUGGGAAGGUUGUGAAGGAAGUGACGGAGAUGACGACGCUGCGAGUGUCCCAUGACGUUCGACUGGAUAUCGCAGCUUACAAGGUGAUAUCUAAUACUGUUCAAGAUCAUCGAGAAAAUGUUGACGUUAAAGAAAUCAUGGAUCUCGAGCGUCUCGUGUCUCCGGAAACUAACGGAAUUCAUCAUGAAACCGAUUCUAGUCCCAAAUCGGACUCGUACAGCCGAAGGGACGAAUUGUCGACAAAAACAAACGACGGUGAACGCGUAAUCAAAUUCGCGAGAGCCUGCGAGAUAAACCAGGAGUCUCGCGCGAUUCCAGUGGACACAUCGAAGGAAAUCACGCUGUCGUUGAAAGAAUACACGCGGCAUCACGAAGACAGCGGGAUCGAGAUGUCACCGACGAAGAGGGAGGAGAAUCUGGAGGGACAAGAUUUCCUCGAGAAAGCGAGGAAGAGCGGGGAAUGGCUGAGAUUGAAGGUGCUGGAGGUCCAACCGGAAUUAACGAAGCUCGGUGCUACGGUCAAGGAGGCUACCGAGUUCUCAAACGCACACGACGAAGUUCUGCUUCGAUUGCAGAGCAAACAAAGCCCGGUGGAGGAAUUGCUCCGACAGGCUGAUCAGUUGAUUUCGAACCAAAGGCCAAGGGCGGAAGUGUACGCAGCGAUGGCGGAAACGCUGGGCCAGGCUUGGCGCGACGUGAACGAGCUUUUGGAACGCCGUAAACAAAUCCUCGACAGCAACGUGCUGUUUCAAUGUCGAGCGGAGGAGUGUCGAGAACGCAUGAGGGCUCUCGAGAUGGCUUGCAACGACACGUUGCUGCCAAUUGAGAUCGAUGCAGUUAAGAACUUCCUGUCGAAAAUCCACGAUCUUCGUAAGAACAUGCUCGAAGCGUUGAUGGGCGCGUUGCAGGAGGGAAAGAAUUUGUUGGACCGGCUGAAGGAGAUCGCGAACGAAGGCACCUUGGAUUCCAGGCCGGAGAGAAUCAAACUGGAAGCUGAUCACGCCGUUUUGAGGGUUGAGAAGUGGCUGGAGGAACUACACGACAGGAGGCGAUUAAUCGAGGCGUCGUUUCGUAGUAGGAAGACACAAUUGGAGCAGUGCCUGGCUUUGGCUCUGUUAGCGACCGAUCUACGCGAUCUCGAGGAGAUCUUGAACGAUAGAAUCGCUGCGUUGUCCAGCAGCUGCGACCAGCUGGGGGAUUCCGCAUCGAGUGCGGAACUCCUCCUGUUCGAGUUAAGAAAAUUACAGGCCGAAGCAAAGGAAUUUCAAGAUAGAUCAAUAAAAAUAACGAAGUCGACCGAACGACUAGUGUCAUCGGGGCACUUCGCCGGUGAACAGGCGACAGAACAAGCUUACGCGAUCCUCGGCGCCGCGGCUGAUUAUGUCAACGAUUUGGAUCAGUACGAGUCAUCGUUGAAUAGAGCAGUGGCCUUCUUCAAUUCCGCGAGAUCGGCAAUUACGAAGUUGGAUCAACUGGAAAUUCAACUGGUGACAACGGAGCAUCCUCCAUAUUCUACUCAAUUAGCUCGUUUCCAUGCUCAGACCGUAGCUACUAUCGAAGACGUCACCGCGAAGCCUUUGGCGGAAGGAUACGCCCUUUUGGACAUCACAGGAAGGGGAGCGCCCGGAGCCGAGGGUGUGAAACGAGUGGUGGAGGAGUUGGAAAAUCGGAAGAUCCGGUUGCUGGAGCGAUGCACGGCUCACGAGGAGGAGAACCUGGAGAUAACGCGGGUCAUAAACAGGUUCCUGGACGAGCACGACGAGCUGAGGAAGUGGCUGAUGAGUAUACCCGAAGCGUUCCUUCAAGGCCACCAAGACAUGGGCAGCGACGCGCCGAUGGCUGAGGACUUCUGUCGACUGCAUCGACAAUUACUUAACGACCUCGAACGAAGAAGGGAGGAAGUGGAGAGUCUCGAGUACGAGAUCCUCCCGAUCAGAGAACGAAUCGAAGACACCCAAAGGCUAGAACUGGAAUCGAAGGUUGACGAACUGAAAAAUUCCUGGGUGAAGACAAAAAAUUUAGUGGCCAAGAGAAUUGAAUUGGGCUCGCUUUACUUGCAAUUCCACCUUGUCGUGGAGGAAUUGACUAAAGAGAUCGAUUCGAUUGAAAACGAUUUGAAGAAACAUUCUGACGUAUUGGAUGAGAAUAAGGUGGAGGAGCUUGGAAAACGCUGGAAAGAUCUCCAGCCGCUUUAUGUGAAGCUCACUGCCACUGGAAAAGCGUUCUUGGAUACUGCUGUAAAGAUCGACGAUCCCUAUUUGGAUGUACCCAGGGCCUGCAUAUGUGUCCAAACGCUUUUGGAAAAGUUUGCUAACAGACAGCUGACGGUGACAGAGUCGUGGGAGAAUUGGCGAACGACACUCGAAAUUUUAAGAGAGAGGAGAAUCGACCAUGAGAAAAAAAUUGAAGAGAGCACCAGAACGAUAGAAUGGGUCUCUAAAUUCAGUGAACAACUCUAUCCAGUGAUCACGUCUAGAUCGAACGAAACGACGAGCAUUCUGCAAGAUUUAUCGAGUUCGAAAAAUCGAAUACUCCCUGAAUUGAACAAAGCCGUGAACGAACUCGAUUCAAGAAUCAAAGGGAUCAAUACUCUUGCUCAAAAAGGCGAGGUGCAAAUUGAUGAACUGAUCCUGAGAAGACUUCAUGAGAUGCACGAAAAUCUUCGUACGACUGCCAGGGACUACGAGACUCUUCUCGAAUCGCUGAUAUCCAUCUUCCAGAACAUCGAAGAGGUCGAGUACAAGAUUGAUCAGUUGAAGAGCCAAGCGGAACGCGUGACGACUCUGCAGAAAUUGUUCGAAGUCGAAAAUGCUUUCCGGGAAUUGGACGCCAUGAAAUGGUCCGUUUCCGACAGAUUGAGUCAAAUCGAUUUGAAAACGCAGGACACCAUCGUUAGGAUCAAGCAACAGGAACCACCAGAAGCUGGUGCUCAGGACAUCGAGAAAUUGAAGCGUGCUCUAGACUCGUUGAAGACCAACUUUGAAGUGUAUUGGUCGCAGAUUACUACUAAAGUCGAAGAGUAUCGGCGGACUUGCACCUACGCUGAAGAUUUAGAGAGAAUCGACAGCGACUUGCGUGAUUUGAAUGAACAUUUGAAGAACGUGGAUACGAAGAUCGGCGAAAAUUUGCAGACAGCCAAGGCGACCAGCGCAUCGUUCUUGCAAUUCGAAAAAACUGUUCAGAUUUUGGAAGAGAGGAUAGAGACUUUCCUGAAAAUGACUGAAGAAUCGAUCAGCAUUUUGACUCCCCAAAUUGUGAACGACAUAUCAUCAUUGAGAGAACGAUGGAGGAACUUGAAGAGGAGAAUUGAAGAGACGAAGAAACGAACGACUUUGAGCAUAGAAUAUUUUACACUUCUGGAGGAAGCCAGGGAAUGGAAUAGAGAGGGUAGCAAAUUGUUGGUAGUGAUAGCAAGAAAAGCGACGACGGUGAAGGCACCAACCGACGCGACGGAAUUGCUGCGCGAAAUUGAGAAUUAUUUGAAGCCGGGCGAGGAAAUACAGGAGAGGAAGAUCGAGAAGCUAAAGGAAUUAUCAACUAUUGUGUUUGGCACGGAAAGAUUACCGCAGUUCAACGAAGUGAUAGUCGAAAAUCGUCAAAUGCUGGACUCAUUCGCCGUCGUUUCGUCCGAGCUCCGAACGCUUGCCCAAAACUUGAAAAACGCCGAGGAUUUGCAAGAGAAAUUGCGAAUCGAGAAACAGGAAGCGGACAUGAAAUUGCAAGCGGCGAGAUUGGAAAUGGCUGCAGCGGAAGCGGCCAGGAAGGAAGCGGAGAAUGCGAAGAAAGUGGCGGAAAAAUUAGCUGCUGAGACCUUGGAAAAGGCAGCAUUGGAAGCGAGAAGAUUAAAAGAGGAGAGUGAAGCGCAGAAGAUCUCUGUUCCCCCAUCGUUCUCCGUGUCUGCGCAAACGGAGAAGAUCGAAAGCACUGAUGUUUCGUCUGAGACAGUUGUUCAGGAAACAGUCACCUCCGCUAUUACUACGAAAGAAAUACACAUAUUGCAGAAGACUGAGAUCGAGGAAACGGUUCCAGUACGCGAGACUAUUCCGCCUAAGACAAUAGUGACGGAAGAAAUUCGUGAAGAGUUUGGAAAAAUGAAGGAAGACAUUUCAACGCUGGCACCGGAGUUCACUGUUCCUUUGAACGACGCUACUGUGCAAGAAGGAGAGAAGUUCAGUUUCCAGUGCCACUUGGUUGGCCAGCCCGCGCCGGAAAUCGUUUGGUACAAGGAUGGUAUAUCGAUCUUGAACAAUCCUGAUUACUUGACCACUUACAUUGAAGGCGCUUGUACUCUCACCAUCGAGGAAACUUUUACCGAAGACUCCGCGAGGUACACUUGUAGAGCUUUCAACAUCGCAGGAUCCGCAGAAACCUCUGCCACGUUAACAGUGAAGGAAACAGCACCGGAGGAACAACCGAGUCCACCAGUUUUCGUCAAGGAAUUGGUGGCGUCAGUUGCAACCGAAGGAUCCUUGCAUCGGAUGGAAUGCAUCGUUGAAGGCAAUCCUCUACCAACUGUUCAAUGGUUCAAAAACGACGUGAACAUCGAUAAUUCUCCUGACUAUGUUAUUACUUACAAUAACGGUGAGGCUGUUUUGAAAUUCGAAGAAGUAUUCCCUGUAGACAAGGCUAUUUACACCUGCAAAGCUACAAAUCGAUUGGGCCAGGCUACUACCUCCGCUUCUCUUGACGUUCAACCUGCAGAACUUAGUUCAGAAAAACCGUAUUUCGUCACGCCUCUAUCAAACGCUAUGGGAAGAGCAGGUCAAAGGGUGAAACUGGAGUGCGAGGCUAAAGGGAAUCCGAUGCCCACGCUGACUUGGUUUCACGAUGGGAAACCAGUCGAGGAGACCAUGAACGUGAAGAUACAAACGGACGGGGGACGCGGUAGUUUGAUCAUCUCGGAGGCGUUCCCGAAGGAUGCCGGAUGUUACACGGUCGUCGCCAAGAACGAGCUCGACGAAGCCAGCGUUUCCUGCAACGUUUCGGUGAAGGGUCGACUGCCUCACGAGACCAGCGACUCCGAACUCGCGUGCAGCGACAUGGAGCCCGUCGUCCCCAAAAUUCAAAUGCCUCUGAAGGACCUCAAGGUUCAGGAGGGACGAUCCGUUCGACUUGACUGUAUCAUCGUCGGUCAACCUGAACCGGAAGUGAUUUGGUACCACGAUGAUCAACCAGUAAAGGAAUCGGCCGACUUCCAGCUGCUCUUCCAGGGUGACAAGUGUUCCUUAGUCAUUUACGAGGCUUUCUUGGACGACGCUGGUGUGUACAAAGUAGUUGCCAUUAACUCUGGCGGUGAAGCGUCUAGUCAGUGCACGUUAACAGUGACACCGGUUACAGUUACGGAAAAGUUGGACAAAGUCGGGGACCUGCUCACCACCGGUUCACCACCGAAAUUUGUGAAACUGCCAACCGAUUUUUUGGUAGCAGAGGGCGAAACCGCGACUUUCGAAUGCGCGGUUACGGGAGAACCAGUGCCGGAGUUGAAGUGGUUCUCUGACAGCAUUGAAAUCGUUGAAAACGAACGAAUCCUGAUACGACGAAAGGAGGAUGGAACGAGUAUUCUGAGGAUUUCUUCAGCGAUUCCUGAAGACAAGGGGAAUUACGUGGUCAAAGCAUCUAACGUGCAUGGAGAGGCGAAAGCUUUCGCUCGGUUGGUUGUUAGAUCAUUGGGUGACUACAGACGGAAAGACGAAUUCGUUCAGAUGGAAGAGAAACUGAUCGCUCCUACGUUUAAGGAAAAGUUUGCAGACAGGAGAGUGCCAGAAGGCGUUUCUACGAAAUUCGAGUGCAUUGCGACUGGGAAACCCGCUCCAAAAGUUCAAUGGCUAUUUAACGACCGUCCCGUUCAUGGCAAGGACUUCUUGGUGUCGGUCAGCGGGGAUCGAUUGGUGUUGACGAUUCCAGAGACCGAAAGCACGCAUGCCGGUAUCAUUUCCUGCGUGGCGGAGAACGCUGCUGGAAAGGCGAUUUGCAGUGCUCGAUUAGAAAUUGGUGACUGGCCGGGGGAGAAGAGAGUCGAGGAGAUCACAGAGAGGGUACUAGAUCUAGUCGAAGUGUCACCGGUAGUCGAGAUGCACGCGGCUAGCAGCAGCGACAAACACUUCACCUCGGAAAAGUCCGAGGGUGACGGUGAGACUAAAACGAUGACGAAGUUGUCGGAGAUCAUCACUGAAUCGUCCACCACGCAUAAGACCACGAAGAAGGAAUACAUGUCGUCGGCGAUGUCUUCGACGUCUCAAACGCCUGGACAGGAACCCAGCAGCGUGUGCGUGAAGACUGUUAUUCACAGCACGGAACAGGCGUCUUCGCAGGACGGGACACCUCCUGUCGUCCAGUCGUAUAAAGUGGAGGAACACGAGAAGAUAAUCCAAGAUCAGCCAGGCGAGAUUCGUCAAGAGAAAACAGUGAUCGUGUCCCAGGACGAAGAAGGCGUUAAACGAGAUGUAAAAACAGCUCCAGUAUCGAAACCGACUAGAAAAUCGACGGCACCAAGAUUCGUCUCACCGAUUACAGGGAUGAUUGUGGAUCAGGGUACUGACAUUGUCCUCGAAGGAAUCAUCGAUGGAUUCCCUCAGCCAACGAUCAGCUGGUCGAAGAACGGACAAGAACUGAAAUCGAAGGAUGGUAUGAAGAUCACUUACGCGCACAAUCACGUCCGCUUGGAAUUGAAGAACGUGAAUGUCAAGGAUGCUGGACGAUAUACUUGUUCAGCGAACAAUGAAGCCGGUUCUGCCAGUAGCACAGCUGAUCUUGUUGUUAAAAAAACGAUAUUCCCACCGGUGUUCGGCAGAAGACUACAAGCUCAAGUCGUGAAACGUGGAGAUCGCGUCAACAUGGAAGUAGAAAUCACGGGUACACCUGAACCUACUGUCACUUGGUUCAAGGACGACUUACCAAUUAAAGAACGUCCCCCACAACUGAGAAUCAAGCAGCAAGGAAACUGUUACAUGCUGAUUAUUGAAAAAGCUGAGAAGGAGCAUGCUGGGAAGUACAUGGUCAGGGCAACGAACGCUGGUGGCGAAGCUCAAAGCAUAGCCGAUUUCGCUGUAUUCGAACCAACCCCCGAAACGAUGAUGGAGGUUCACAAGACUGUCGUUUAUGAAACCGCGCAGGACAAGAAAGUUAUACAGUCCGACGAGAAGAAGGGCGAGGUUCCUUAUAGUAAACCGACCGAGAAAAUACCGAUCACUACGAUUCAACCGAUUCCUCCAAUAAAAACGACUCCGUUCGUCACAUCCACUUCGAUGUCUCAAACGUCAAAGACCGUAGAGAAAAUAGAAGAACCAGAGACCAAGAUGAGUCGAUCGGAGACGAUCUCAUCCACGAUUGAGUCUCGUCAAAUGGAAACGAAAUCGGAACAGAAAUUCCACAUGAAAUUGGAGCACAAAACACCUAGCGUGGUGGAACCGAAGAAGGAAGAGAAGACGGUAAUAAGAGAUGUGGUUCGCGAAGAACUGGAGAAAAGGAGAGCCGAGCCGAAAGCUACAGUGAUUGAAGAAGAGAAGAUUGAGAAUGAGAAUGUAGAGACAUCGAGAAUAGCCAAGAAAGACGCGCUUAGUUUCUUUGAAUCGAUGACAAAGGAAACGGAAACGAUUCCGAAGGGGCCGAAAGAGAUGAUCAAGCUAGUGGACGAUGCCGAAGGCCACGAGGUGAAGGUGGGCAAAUUAACUAAGAAUUACGAGAGAUCGACUACAUAUCAGGAGGUGAAGAAGCCGGAAACGAAGCCUCCUGAGAUACAAACUACCAAAAAGGCCGUUCAUGAGAUUUUCAGUAAACUGGAGCAGGGAAGUACGGCUAAUCGCGGCGUGGAUAAUAAAUUAUUUAACUUCCCUUACGAGCCGUACAAACCGUCCGUAGAAACGAAGAAGACAAUUAUUGAAGAAACGUCUGGUACAUCAUCGGUAAUGACGUCAAAAAUGGAAAGUAAGAUGGAAAGCAAAUCGGAAGAGAUAGUACUGGAGGGUUUCAAAUUGGUACCAGAGCCUCCGCCGGAGAUUGGUUACAUGCCGAAGCCGGAGGAGAUUAAAAAAAAACGCCCUGAGGUGUCCAUCAAAGCCAAACAGUUACAAGAAUCGUUUGACAAAACCCUGUCCCCGAUCGACGCUCCCAUUGGUGGUGUGAAAAUUUUCCCGACGCCUUCUCCAAAAAUUAUAGAGACACCUAAGACGGCCCCGACAUUCUCCAUGCCACCCCCGCCGUUCUCGCUCGACAAGAAAGAAGUAGUCGAAGAACCGUGCAUUAAGAGGGAAGUCCACGAGAAGAAGGAUUAUUUAUCGUCAAUUAGAGCUGCGUCACCGAGCAGACCUUGGUCUUCGUCGUCAGAUGUCGAGACCAGAUCGCACGUGUCCACGGAUUUGUCAGAGUACAGGUGUCACUCAGCGGCGUCGAGUCAUCAAGAGAUUCUAAGAGCUACGUCACCUCGGCCGUCGGCUGAUGCAUUGGCAAUGGAAAAAUCUUGGGCCAAGAAAUGCGCCGAUUCCACUAGAAAGUCUUGGCCACCGCAAGAGGAGACGAAGUUCAAGCACGAGUGGCAAGUUCCUGGAGAAGAUUUCAAGACUUCCACUAAGGAAGUAAAGAGGGAAGUACAAGAAACGCCGGAAGGUAUAAAGAAGACGAGUAUGGAAUCUUCUACUACGACCGAAAGACGUUCGUGGAGCUCGAAGCAGGAGUCGACAGAGAAGCUCAUGAAGAGAGCUCCCUCGCCACCAAAAGUGCAGCCAAUCAUUUACAAGGCUGAGACGAUUAAGGUAGAUCAAAAAAUAAAUAAGCUAGAAGAGAAGUCUCUAUAUGAAAAAUACGUCAGUGAGUGCGACGUGAAGAAAAUGGAACAAUCGGAAAAAAUUGAAGAAUAUAGUUCGAAGAAGUGGACAGGAUCUGAAGACUUGAAAGCUCCUGGGUUAGUCAGGAGCAUCGAAACGCCUAAGAAACCUGUAGUUCAGUUAUAUCAUCGCACUGAACCACCUCCAUCCGCUGAAAUCAUCUUGGAACCUGGUCCACCUCCAGAAAUUGGAUACAUCCCAGCGCCUAUGGUUAGAGAGAAGAAGAUAGAGAAGAGUUUUGAAGUGUCUAUGGACUAUCAGCCAGCCAAGAUUCCACCAGGAGCCGUUCGAAUUCCACAAAUGCCGAAGAAGGAAGAGCCUCCAGCUCUACCACCGAAGGACGUUAAAAUCACUCCUCCACCUCUUCCAGCCAAGCAACCGACACCUGUGGAACGAAUGGAGCCGUUUCCUUUCAAAGCUACGCCGGCGCCACCAGUAAAAGUACAGAAAGUGCCGCCGCCACCGACUCCAACGAAGUUCGUUAAGGGAAGCUUCACCCAGGAGAGUGACUAUGAAUCAGACAUGGAUGGUCACUUGAAGGCAAAGUGGAGACCGUAUGAGAGUGAUGGCGACGAGCCUCGUUACAGAAGAGUUCAGCCACCUACGCCGAAGCAACCGACUAGACCCAGAUCCACCGAGCCCGAACCACUCCCACCGUCCAAAUUCGAGGUUCCUCCGACCACCGGAGGCAUAGCUAGACCCGUGAUCACCAGGGAACAGCAGGAAAAAAUUUGCAAGAAGACUACAAGUUAUAAGAGACAGGAGAAGGAGAUAAAGCAACAGAAAUAUCAGCCUGCUCCAACGACGCCCACUAUUGAGUUGAAGCCUGGCUCGCCGCCAAUUUAUGUUCAAGCUCCACCUGUGAAAAGCCCGACGCCGAAGAGUCCGCCAAUUAAGAAGCCAGAGUCUCCAAAAUUCAAGGUGAAGACUUUCCAACAGGAGAGUGGCUACAUGGCAGAUACGGAUGAGCCUUUCCAACAAAAGAGUUCGAUGCAGUCAAUGCAGAAAAGCUUCGGCAAGCAUGAGUCUAUGUCGACGUCUCACGUCGAGUCCCGCAGUUCAUGGCACUCGGAGAGCCGAUCAGAGUUCUUCCAGAGCAAGAGCUAUGACUCUCGCCAACAGCAGCAACAGCAACAGCAACAACAGCAACAGCAACAAAGGAAGGAAUUUGUGCCGAGCGCUCCAGCGAUUGUAAAACAACCAACGGUUCAACAACAACGCAGUUCUUAUAUGGAGAAAAGUUACGCAGCACCGUCGAGAUUCGCCACCACGAAGGAAACUAUUUAUGUAGCGGAUCAGUCGCAGAAGAAGAUUGAUACUACGAAGAAGAUCCUGCCGCCCUCUCCGAGUCCUUCCAAAUUCGUAAAGGGCGAAUUUCGCGAAAGCGACUAUGAGAGCGACUACGACGGCAGAAUACCACCGCUUUGGAAACCGCGAGGCUACGAGAGCGACGACCAGUCAUUCAGACCCGUGAAACCUCAUCUCGCUAGUUCAGGAAAGCCGAAGGAGCCACGAACGCCGCUGAUCAAGGAGUUGGAGAAAAGGGAGGACAGGGUCGCAGCGGCGACCCCCACAAAGCAGAAAACCGUUCUUCUGCCCGGUUCACCACCGGAAAUCGCGUAUGCGCCACCGCCACAGCCACAACCACAACCAACGUACUACGAAGCCCGAUCCGGUGUGCCCUUCCACAAUGCGAUUGGUACAGAGACGAAGAAGACCGUCAGGAUGGACGAGUCCACCGAGAACAGUAGACGAAUCGUCACCGUCGAGCAAACCAGCCGUGUAAUCAAAUUCGGCGACCAAAAGCCGUCCAUCGAUUUUUCUAGUUUCGACGCUGCACAGAAGCAGAAGACCUCGUUCACGGUGCCCACCCCGAAAAAAUUCGUCCAAGGCCAGUUCAGGGAAUCGGAUUAUGAGAGCGACGUCGAUACUAGAAUCAAACCAAAGUGGGCACCAGCGGACAGUGAUACCGAGGAGCCGAGAUAUAGGAAGGUGCAACCGCCCACGAUGAAGGCGCCCAGGUCGGCCAGCGCUCCUGUUAGACAGGAGCACGUGGUGAGCCCGUUGGAAUUCGACAGAGGGCCGCCGGUGAUCAAGAGACAGACCUCGAUGACGCAGCUACGUGAUGAAAGGGUUAGGAAGAUGGAGAAGAAGGAAGUUGACUCCAGGCAAGAGGUGCUGAAGCCUGGCUCGCCGCCAGAGUUCGGGUUUAUUUCGAGGAGCGACGUGAAGAAAGCUGCCAAUCACGUCGCGUCGCGUCACAUGAGCGACAUGACCAGCAGCUUCAAAACGAAAACCGAGAAAUUCGUCAGCGACAUCCAGUCGGAUUUGAAGCAGGGCAAGCCGAUCCUGAAACAUCCGACCGACACCCGUGCCAGCGACGGCGACGAGCCCAGAACGUACAGAGAGGAGUCACGUCACUCGGAACAUGGAACGAAGCACAUCGAUCCAGACACCGGACUGAUAUACUUCAAGUACGACUUCGGGUACGAGUUUGGAAUCGUGUUGCCCGGGGAAGGGAAGAAAACGGUGAGCAGCACGAGUAGGAGUAUUCACGGUCAACGGCGAGCCAGCGAUAUCGAGGUGCCCAUCGUGCACGAGUUCACGACCCGGAGGGAGAAUGGUUUCGCGAAGAGAAGCGGUGGGACCACCGCGGCCUCCACGCGGCAGAGCAAACCGGCGGGCAAAUUCGGUGGUUCGAAGACGGUCAAGUGGGAGCCAACGUCGGAGAGCGAGUUCUCCGAAGCGGAGGACGUCCGAAACGCGAGAAAGAGGCACUCGGAGGGUGGUACCGCGAUGACACCACCCAGCCUCGUCAUACCCUGUUCACCGUCGCCGUCCAGAUGGGAUCACACGACGCCCAGUCCGCUUUCCCUGAGCCCAAGCUUACCGAGCCUAUCUCCCAGAUACAGUAGUGCCACAGGACCACCCAGCAACGUCGACUCCGCAGGAUCACCGUGGCCGACAACCAACGGGGUGACGUCGAGUAAAGAAGUGAUUCAGCCUUACUUGGAAGUGCUUCCGAAAAAAGCUCCCAUUUUCAUCACGCCUCUGAGAGACAUCGCGGUGGUGAGCGGACAAACGGCGAGAUUCGAGUGCAUCGUCCAAGCCGAACCGCAACCGAACAUCCUUUGGUCGAAGGACGGCAGGAUCAUCGAAAAUUCGACGAGCUACGAAAUUCAUUAUCGAAACGGCGUUUGUCGUCUGACGGUGGUGCGAGCUUUUCCUGAGGACGCUGGCACUUAUGCGUGCACCGCAACGAACAGCUUAGGUUCGACAGUGACAUCCGCCACGUUGCAGGUGCCAGGUAACAGACGAUCAAUAUACGCGCCUAUUUCAUAAUCGGUCGAGAUGGGAUUACGCCGAAAACGCAAUAUGUAAUAACGAAGGUGGUGGAACAUUGAGCCUCUAAUUUCCGAAACCGCGACCAUUUCACUUAAUUCACACAUUAAUCAUUACAAGCAAAUGCGAAUACAUGAGGCUAGAUUUAAAUAUUUGGAUUAACACCGAAACUGUGAAAAUUACCAAAGAUACGUCCGUGAUAAGUGAAAAAUCAAAGAUUAGUACUUAGAGCAUGAACGUGCUUCCGAUUUUUGUUCUCUGCAUUUCGUAUGGAUGCGCGCGGGCAGAAAAACGAUUUUACGACAGGGGCGAGGAGAACUAGUCAAGACACGGCGUAGUCGAAUAGUGAGAAGUCGAAGAAAAGUACGCCUACCGCUGGUGGAUAAGCUUUUUGUUCCUCUUUUUUUCUGAAUUUCUUUUUCUUCAUUUGAUCAGCGCGUAGUGAGCUUUCCUCGAAUGCAUUUUCUUUCUUUCUAUCGUUGUUGCCGUGGAACGAUUUGAACACGCUUUCCUUUUUUAAGUAGAUCGUUUCUUUUUGACUUUCUAUUCCUUAUUUAACUCUGUACUCCUUCUUUCUCUCUCGGGUAUUUCCCUUUCUGUUCUAUUUUUCUUGCUGAGCAUACGUAUUCAGAAAAUCUCUCGUUUUUUUUUUAAUUUUUUUCGCCCGCCCUGUCAUAAAUUAGAAUUGCGGAAAUUUCGAGGAU